GUGACCUCAGUGAGUGCUCUAGGGUCGAACAAGCGACAGCGCGGUGCCAAGCUGUGAUACGUGCAAGCUAGAUUUAUGCAACUUUCAAUACUGGCUAGAAUUUAUUCGCUGUUCGCAAAAACGACGAGGCAUUAUAAACGUUUUCGUAGCAGUGGGUGUAUGUCGCAGGGAGAAGAGAUACUCAUUUGAUCUGAUCGACGACAAAUCGAAACAGCCAUGAGCCUACUACCACCUGACGAAGAACAAUUACGAAAAAUUUAUGAGCAAAUGGGUGUGACCGAAGAAAGUCUAGACAGAGACGUGAUUAUUUUACAAGAAUGGCUCACAAAGCAGCCACAUCUACCUUCACCAGCAGAGCCACGCCGCCUGCAGUGGUACCUGCUGCACACGAAGGGCAGCGUGGAGGAAUCGAAGAGGCUGCUCGAUGCCUUCUACACGAUCCGCAGCUCCGGGAACCCGCAGUUGUUCCGGGACCGCGACCCCCUGAGACCCGAACUGCAGGCGGCCGCGCGAUCCACGACAAUGGCGCCGUUGCCCCGCCUCACUCCGGAGGGGUACCGCAUCGUCGCCUUCAAAAUGCUCAAUCCGGACGCUGCCAUCCGCCUUCCGAUUGAAUACGCUAAAGUAAGCAUGAUGUCAACUGAAAUUCGAAUGUUGGAAGAUGUGAAUGCCGGCACCGUCCUAUUGGUCGACCUGUCGGGAUAUACUACAUCUCACCUCUCUACGCUCACAAUGCCUCUCAUACGAAAAUACUCGUAUUAUACACAGAACAUCUAUAAAAGCAGAGUUAAAGCAAUACAUGUACUAAACGCCUCAACAUUAGUGGAGAAGCUUUCAAAUCUUUUGAGGCCAUUUCUCAAAGAAAAAGUUUUCAAAAGAAUGUGCAUACAUCCUAGAGAUAAUCACAGGUUAUUUGAGACCCUUCCACAAGAUACUAUCCCUGAAGACUAUGGUGGAACCUUACCAUCAUUAGCAGAAUUAAAUGAAAAAUGGUUGGAAAAGUUGAUAAGCUACCGUGACUGGUUCCAUCAAGAAGAACAUGAACAAAAAGUAGAUGAAACCAAACGUCCAUCUAAUUCUGAACAAUAUUCAGCGGAAUUUGGGGUUGAAGGAUCAUUCCGCAAAUUGAAUCUUGAUUAACACACACUUAAUCUCCAAAGUUCAAGUGAUAAAACAUUGAAACCAUUAUAUAAUACCUAACAAGCACACAAACUAUAAAACUCUUGACAGAUCAAAAUUUACAUUUGGAACAUAUGGAAAUGUUAAAAUUUCAACACCUGAAAACCAAUAUAUGGAAUACACAUUAUCAUAUAUUUUGAAUAUUAACAUUAAAUGCAUAAGCAGAAACACAAAUUCAAUUCAAAUUUCCUUUAAAUAAAAAACAAAACAUUGAAUAUUGAGUUCAGAAAAAGUUCUUCACAGUCAUCUUUAGUUUCCUAGCAAGAAAAAGUAUUAAAAUGCAGUAGACUACUCAUUAU